GCCAUGGAGAAGACACUGAUCCAUCCUGCUGCUGGCUGGAAGGGAGAGGCCCAUAUUCUAAUUCCUGAAGCUACUAGAAACUACUUAUAUAGCUCUGUGCCCUUCCAGGAUGUGCUUCUGGGUUGCUGUCGAGGCUCUUCUGCUUUGCAUGGGCUCGCCAAUGUUCUGUAGACUGGUGAAGAAGGAGAGAAUAACUGCUCUUUCUUUAGCUACAAAUGAUGCAGUACAGCUGGGUGGUUGGGCCAGCUGCUUAUAGGGAGGUGAUCUGCUUUCAUUUCCUGUUUUGGGGAACUCUUGGCUGUGCAAUUUAGUCUGGGUUGUAAAAGCAUUAUCAUGAUGCAUGUGAAAUUAAAAAGUGGAGAGUUUCUCAGAGAUCUCUUUGGUUAUUACUGAGGUAAUUGUUAUAAGGCAUGGAGAGAAGAUGGGUGCCUGGGAAAGCAAGGUCUGUGCUCUCGCUACUGUAGUGAUUUGGAAUUGAAGAAGUGUAGUACACUACCUCAAUCUCAGGUGUAAUUACCUACAUCUAAUUCAUUACGGACAGUUUUUAGUGUAGCACCAACAUCCAGUGAGGGAGAGCCUGUAACUUCCUUAGGGAAUCUUCUCUAGCACUACAUCUCUUCUACCUUUGCAAAAUGGGCUUUGUUUCCCCUCCUUCUCUUCGUAUCUUCUAAAAUGUCUAAUCAGAAUCUUCACAGCUCACUGCUAAUCACCACAUCCAUUGUGUUCGUACAUUAUUUUAUUCCUCCUUUCUUUGGGCUUUUGUGCUCUUCCUCCUCUCAUCUGUUUCCUGUAAGUAACCCAGUUAAUGAGAUGACUUUUCCUCCUAGCUCCUUGCUGCCCUCUGGACUCCGUCUUUCAGAAAGUCCAGUCCCAGCUUCGAGUGAAAAGCAGAUGAGAGAGAUCUUGAAGCCUGUACCAGGUCCUUGAGAGAGAAAACUACAUGACACUACACCAUGAGUGACAGUAAAUCCGAUAGUCAAUUUUACAGUGUUCAAGUUGCAGAUUCAACAUUCACUGUACUAAAACGUUACCAGCAAUUGAAGCCUAUAGGAUCAGGGGCACAGGGCAUUGUUUGUGCUGCGUUCGAUACGGUCCUUGGAAUAAACGUUGCUGUAAAGAAGUUGAGUCGUCCUUUUCAGAAUCAAACCCACGCAAAAAGAGCUUACAGAGAGCUUGUUCUUUUAAAAUGUGUCAAUCACAAAAAUAUCAUUAGUUUAUUAAAUGUAUUUACACCGCAGAAGUCACUAGAAGAAUUUCAGGAUGUAUACUUGGUUAUGGAGCUGAUGGAUGCCAACUUGUGCCAAGUUAUUCAUAUGGAAUUGGAUCAUGAAAGGAUGUCUUAUCUCCUUUACCAGAUGCUAUGUGGUAUCAAACAUCUCCACUCAGCUGGUAUCAUCCACAGAGAUUUGAAACCCAGCAACAUAGUAGUAAAAUCAGAUUGUACACUCAAAAUCCUUGAUUUUGGACUGGCAAGAACAGCGUGUACUAAUUUUAUGAUGACUCCAUAUGUAGUAACACGAUAUUACAGAGCGCCAGAGGUUAUCCUUGGAAUGGGAUAUAAAGAGAAUGUUGAUAUCUGGUCAGUUGGUUGCAUCAUGGGAGAAUUGGUGAAAGGUUGUGUGAUAUUCCAAGGCACUGAUCAUAUUGAUCAAUGGAAUAAAGUAAUUGAACAACUAGGAACACCUUCAGCAGAAUUCAUGAAGAAACUGCAGCCUACAGUGAGGAAUUAUGUAGAAAACAGGCCAAAAUAUCCAGGUAUUAAAUUUGAAGAGCUCUUUCCAGACUGGAUAUUUCCAUCAGAAUCAGACCGUGACAAGUUAAAAACCAGUCAAGCUAGAGAUUUAUUAUCAAAAAUGCUUGUAGUAGAUCCAGACAAGAGAAUUUCCGUAGAUGAGGCCUUACGUCAUCCCUAUAUUACUGUCUGGUAUGAUCCAGCUGAAGCAGAAGCUCCUCCACCUCAAAUUUAUGAUGCACAGCUGGAAGAGAGAGAACAUGCAAUUGAAGAAUGGAAAGAAUUAAUAUACAAAGAGGUAAUGGAUUGGGAAGAAAGAAGCAAGAAUGGUGUGGUAAAAGAUCAGCCCUCAGAUGCAGCAGUGAAUAGCAACACCAGUCCUUCCCAGUCAUCAUCUAUCAAUGACAUUUCAUCCAUGUCAACAGAGCAAACAUUGGCUUCAGAUACAGACAGCAGCCUCGAUGCCUUGACAGGACCCCUCGAAGGAUGCCGAUGAUCAGCCAGGAUUGCAGACUUAUCUUUGGAAAAGAACUCUUGCUUCCAUUGGGCCUGAAUUGCUUGUAAGUUAAUGGAACAAAGUAGAAAAACUCCAUGUUCUGCAUGUUCUGCUAAAGUAAUGCCUGUUUUUAUGUUUACUCAGUUGUUAUGAAACUGCCUGCUUAAUGUUGUAGAAUGAAAGCAAAUCAAUGUCUAAGGAGCAAAAAAAAAAAAAAAAAAAAAAAAAAAAGUUUAGACACUAUUACAGGCUUUUCUUUGUUUCAGCCUAUUUCAGGUGAGCAGUUAUAAUAGGCUUCUAGCCAAUAACUUCUCUUGAGUGAGUUCAUGCAUCUUCAGUCCUAACUGGCAGGCUUUGUGACAUCAAUGGUUGUUUACAUUUUAGUACAGUAUUGCUCACUUGUAGGUUUUUUGAAUGUACAGUGUCUAUGAAGUUUGUUUUAAUGUGUGACUAUGGCAGCGUGCAUUAUUUAACGACUGGAGUGUUGUGUGUAAGUGUUAACUCGCAUGUUGAACACUCUCAGUACUGUGUUUAAGGGCAGUUACUUUUCCAUAUAGCACUUUUUUGAGCCCUUUCUAUCUUCGCUUCCCAACGGUUCUAUCUUCUUGUAGAAGAGAAAAACACAGUGUUCAAAGAGUAUAGCCAUACCUUCAUAUUUCAUCAACAAAUAUCUGACUCUUUGCUAGUUAUUUAAACGUGGAUGGAAGAUACAGUGGCUUAGUUCAAUUUUAAGGAAGGAUGGGUGACAUUUGUGAGACUGUGCCUGUUUAAAGGAGGGCAGAGUGCUAAAUUGUUUUGUAUUUUUUUAGCUCAUGAUACUGAUCCUUUAACUGAAACAGAAAAGGAAAUUACAUAUGUGAUGCUCUUCAUUCAGUAACAGGUGAAUUGGAGAGACUUGCAGUCUAAGUGGCCUGAAAAAGAGCUGCAUAAAUGUUUUCCAUUUUUUUAAAUGGGUCCAUUCUAUCUAGUGAGUAAUUAAAAAAAUAAAGACAUAGUAGCUUUGAGUCAUUUGUCAAUUAAUUAUUUACUGAACAGAACUUAGCUGUAGUUCCAAAUUGAGAAAUCCUCUCUAUUUUUACUGGGAGAGGAAAUCAUGAUGUAUUGAACAUGUACAUUUUCUAAAUACAGUGUCAGAGGAGAUUAUUUCUGUUUCGACACACACUUCUCAAUGCAGUUUUCAGGACUGUGUAACACAGGCACCAUUCUUAGAAAAUGUUUGUGAUAGAGUAGGGCUUAAAUUACCAGGUACUGCACACCUGAAUGUGUGCACAUCCCUUCAGAGCAGUUGUGUGAAGUUCUGCUAAAGGAUUUCGUGUGUGUGUGAGUGUUUGAGAUGAACUGUGUGACUGUGACAGUAACAGAGAUGUGCAAGACAAGGUAAAACACCACUUUCUUAAAGGCACUGUAUUCAGCUGAUGAUCCAGCUACUGCUGACCUGAAUAUAUACAGAGAACUUACAAAUGUGCUGGCAUAGCUAGCUGCUGCAUUAUGGAGAUGUUUAGUACACUCUUGUAGAAGAGAACUGACCCUUGUUUCUGACCUUAGGAUUUGAAAGCAGCAGUUUUUUCUAAUGCAAACAUUGCUUUCAUGUUACAAAUUGUACCUGUAUGGUUAUAAACAGCUUAAUUUGGUGUAGCAAAAAUACUGAGUUUGGCUGUCCCAGAAACUGAAAUGCAAUGCAGUGCUAUUAUGUUAACUUCAGAAUGUUCAUCUGGAAUUAUGAUUUUUUUUUAAAGAAAUCUGAGUUGUAGGACAUUGAGGGCUUGGGUUUUUUGCUAUUUGGUUUAAAACCAGUUUAUUUGGAUAUUGAUGAUAUAUAUGGAGUAUUUUUAGUGCAUUUUUGUCACUGACAAAAAAUAUAUAUAUAAAAUAGCUACUACUGUACAGCAAUACAGUACAGGUUGCUGUUCUUUUGUAUUUUUUUAAUCACUGUUAUAUGUGUAAAUUAAAAUUAUUAAAGACACCUAUUCAAAAUUACUAUUAGUGAUUUCAGACUAGCUGUGGUUUUGUUCCCUUCCUCUUCAGCCCAUCAAAAGCUGCAACCACUAUGGAAUAAGACUAAAAACAAGCAAAAAAAACCCCAAAAUAACAGAGAAGCUAAUAGUUGAAUCUCAGAAGUUAGCUAUGCUUUACUGAUUGUUCCUAGCAAUGUUUUCAGAAGUGACCAGUGGCAUAAUGGUGUUAAGCCAGUAGUUCUUUAUAAAAGGAUGGCUUUCCUGACAAUACAAGCUUAGCAUUCUCUUCAAAAACAGCAUCCUGUGAACAAUCUCAUACUGGUCAUCUGUAGUCUCUGCCUUCCUUUUUUAGAAGGCUGUCUGAAGUCUUUGAGGAGUGGUAGAAUACAGCAUUUUAUACAUUUCAUGUUACACUUGAUGAAAAAGCUUUUUUGUUUAUAUGAACACGAGGGACAAAGAUCUCCAGCAGUUUAUUAAUCUCCUGCUCUAACAACUGCAGGGCAAAUCUGUCCCAUUUACCUGCCUAGUAACUGACCACGUCUCUUCCUGUUUUACACCAGAGCCCUCUGUAAAGUCACCACCGUGCAUUUUGAUAUUCUUGAUUCACUAUGGCAGUAAUCUUCUGGAGUUUAUUAUUCAAGAUUUAUUUUUAUCAUUUUCAACUGAAGUUGCACUGUAAUACAUUCAUCAUUUUAACCUUUACUGUUUCAGAAGGUUUAAUGCUGCAAAGAUUUUUCGUGUCAUUUAGAUACCAGGUGGCCUCCAGGUCUCUUCCAACCCAAAUUACUCUGUGAUUCAAGUGGUUUUCUUAUGUUGUUUUUUGGUUUUGAACACAGAACAGCCCUAUCUGCAUGAUGUGAGCUGAUAUCUGACCUUCUCCUGGUAUAUACUGUUAUCUCACAUGUUUUGAGCGAAAAAAGCCCUGAGAUUGAGCUUCUUUGUGAAUCUUCCUGUAAGAAAAGCUGUUCCAUACCUCAUGUUCUUAAUGGCUUCUCGCUGUUGCACACUUUGAAGUUUCUAAAUUCUACCAAAACAUCAUUGCCUAUGGAGUAUGUAUGAGAUGAAAAGUAUGAUUGUGGAUUUCCAGAAUAACUGAAAACAAACUGCUAAGAACCCAAAUAAACAUCCGAUUCUCAGAGAAAGCAGAUAAGCAGAUUAUAUUCAGCAAAGCACAUGCAGAAUAGAUGCGUGCUGAAGUUCCCAUGCUGUUCCAGUGUGCACAUAGAGGCUGCACAUGCACUGCAUGCAGGCUUUACGUUGAUUGUAUUCCUGGCUGCAGGUUAAGUUUGGUGCAACAUCUGUGUAAUGGUUAUGGAUGCUGUGAGAUCCCAUCACUGUGGAAAGCAAAAUGCACAUGUAACUUCACAGGGGUUUGAAAGUAUAGAGAAUUUGGUGUGCAAUAUAAUCACUUUUAUUCCUAAUACUAAAAUCAUGUAUGUAAAGUGAUGCAAUUGACCAUUUUUUUUGCACUUUGGCAUUUAUAAAUAUUUAUAUGUAUUUAAAGAUUAAGAAUGUGUGUAUACAUAUGCAUAUAUAUAGUAGAAACCUGCUCAGUUUUGUAAACACAAAUGUUACCUUUCUCUAUGAGUAUGGGAGGCUUUGUUUAGUGUUAACACUACUGCAGUGAACAUAAGCAAUUUAUGAAGUACAACUGAAAAUAAGUGAUGGUCAACAUAGAUGCAAUCUGUAAUCUUAACUGCUCACCUGAAGAGGAAAAAAGAAAAAAAAAAAAAAGGAAAAUCUAUGGCUAUUAAUCAGAUUCUUUACCAGAAACCUUGAAAGAUGUAUGAACACUGAGUAGCUGACUGGCAUUGCAGAAAUGGAGUAUGUUUUAAAGGUUUAUCUGCGCUCAUAUCGUUUUUCCUCAAAAAGAAAAAGCCCCAAAAACCCUUAGAAGGAGAACCCUGGCGUUUUGAAAGCUGUAAGUACGCUUUGAGGAAAUGGUAUGGUAUGACAGAUUGUGUUUAUUUUAAUUGAAAAUGCCAAAAACGCAAGAAGCAAAUGUUAAAAUGAGGGCUUUGUCUGCACAGAGCAUACACAACAAGCAAGUCCGACGAGAACCAGUGUUUGCAAACAGCUUUUGGGGCUUUGUGUUCUUUCCUGCAAGGGUUUGUGUCGUCAAAAUAAUGAAAACAAAACUCAACCUGAACUCAUAAUUAACUAAUUUGUUGGUAAGUUUCAAAACCUGUUCAGGACCAGAGGGCUUUUAUCUCUUUAAGUCCUAACAGAGUAUAUAUAUGUUUAUUCAAAAUUAAGUGGGAGGGGGAAAAAAAAAACGUAAUACCACAUUUUUUAUUUUUCUGACCUAAAGCAAGUACCUCAAUUGCUAAAUUGCAGUGCUGGAUUGGUUUCUGUUUGGCUUAAAAUUACCAUUUGACAAAUGAAGUAAGAUUUGGAUGUUCAGAAUAAAAGUGAGCCACUGAGCCUUCCAGCAGGGAGCGCUGCUUUGGGCAGCAGUGCAGUCCCCUCAGUCAGUGUGUGCUGGAAUUGAGCUGUUGAUGUGCAGACAAAUCCUUCCUGAGCACAGUGCUGGUCCUGAACACGGGCUUGGUUUUGUGUGAAGCGUUUCAUUUGAAAUGUGACUCUUGAAAUGGCAGUACUGGAGUGCAGGGGUAACUGCUGACCAGCCUUUGUCUGUGUGUUCUACGUAUGUCACCUGGAUUCUAUCAGGGCUUGAUGCUAAACUUAGUGAUGCUGUAUGCUGGGAGCCAAAUUCUUUCCUGGGAUGUGUGCUGUGUAAUUCCUGCUCAAAACUGGUUUUGCUCCGGGGAUAUGUGCACCCAGAUGCAGAAUUUGGACUGAAGUUCCUAUAGGUGAAUCCAAUAACUUUGCUUUGCCACUGCGUCUUCAAUUUUUUUUUUUUUAACAUGUUCAAAGUAUGACAGAAAAAAAAUGCAUUCUGGCUCAUUCUCUUACGUGUAUCUUAGAUUGUCUAUUACAUGAGUAAUAGUGGUGUCUUAAAGCUUAUUACACAGCUUACCAAAUCACUUUUAAUUUUGCCCACCGCAUGCUGAAAAUGUCUGGAGCUGAACUGAUGUUUUACGUAAGCCGUCCUUUCUCAUAUCAGUGUUGGAGGAAAGUGAAGAGAUCAACGUUUCUGUUUGUUUUAUAAAAUGACUAUUUUUGUAGCUCGCGUUUCAGUUGUUGGUUUUUAAUCCCACAGCUUUGCUUUGUGGAUGGAAAUUUACCUGGGUCCUAUAUUUCAAAGAAUAUACGUAGAACAAGUCCAGUAUACAAUUAAGAAAAUAAAAGUCUUCUGCAGUUUGUUACUGAAAAUAUGGCAAAUUAUUUUGGUCCAUGUAUUCAAAAGAAAAUAGAGAAUAUACACGUAACUAUUUAAGUUUAUACUCCUUGAUGCUGCUGCUUAUUUUUUGAAAAGGUGCUUGCAGUUUUGCACAACAGAAAUCGGCUUUGUUAAUUGUUGGGUUUGAAGCACUUUAGGGUUCUUCUAAGCAAAACCAGUAUACGGCGCAAGAAGGAAUGACAUGAAAAUAUUUGAUGUAUUUACAUUUGGUUGUUAUUCUGAUAAUUUGAUCAGCGUUUUCCUUUAAAUUCGAAGCUGUUCUCAGAGAUGUAAUAUUUGAGAUUUUUUUUUAUGGGCUAAAAUUUAACAUGUAGUAAGAGAUCACUUGAGAACCAUCUCCCUACAUAAAUAAAUACGUGUAGGGUGACUUCAACAGCAGCGUGGCAUCUGUUGUAUAAAGUAUGGCAAAGUCUUUAUUUCUAGCUUUAUAGAAAGCACAGCUAGCUGUGGGCACUAGGAUUUUUUCUUAAAGCAAAAAUCUCCUAUUACCAUUUGACUCUUAAUCCUAAUCCAGAUGUGUAUACAGUGUGAGGCAGCAACAUCUGCUUCCACUGGGACUCUACUGUAAUAGCUGCUCUAUGGAUCCCAUAGGAGGAGAGUCCCUGGAGCAGCACUCCAGCAGCCUGCUGCUCUGUGACGUGCUUGCUCACGUGUGCAUUCCCCAGGCUGUGUCUUUACUUCGUAGUUUCUAGGAUAACAAAAGCAGAGGAGAAGGCAAACAGGUAAGAGCCACAUUUUGUGCCCACUACCUGAAUGGGUAGUUCUGUCUGUUGGUGGUAAUGAAGCCGGGUUAAUGCCUGUAACACAAGCUGUGACUGUGUCUGCUAAUGGGGAAUAACUUUUUGAAGAGCCGUAUGUGUCACUAGCUUUUCUAUGAAUUCAGAAGCUUAAAUUGGUGCUAAUUUUUUAAAAGAAAAUGUAACAGAUGGUUAGCAACGUAUUUGUCUGUUUUUGAUACUUAUAUUUUUCUUAAAUGUUGGCAAACUGAACUUUAUAAAAUGACUGAUGUGCAUUUUCAGCUUCAUCGGGUUUCCAAAUUUUCCUAAAGUGUUUAAAAUUCCAUGGCAGUUACUGCUUCUUUGGAGCAAUUGUUUCAAGUGUUUUAUACGCUAAUUAAAUCAACAUGAUUAGAAAAGAUAGCAACACAUAACUACAAUCCUGUUAUUUCAGUUCUGGGGCAUACUGUGUCCCACAGGUGGUUCCAGGAGAGUUGUUCAUCCAGAAACCUCCAUCAGGGCAAAUCAGAGAUCCUUGUGUGCAGGUACCCAGUGCAGCGAAACCUUCUUGGGUCCUUAAGAUAACUUUAGAGAGAUCAUGAUUUUUUUUUCAUCUGUUUUUCAGAGAAAUGGAACAAAUGGAAAUAAUGAACUGUUGUUGUAUAAAUUCCAGAGAACGUAUUCUGUGCUUUGCUCCAGAACACAUGCUAGGAAAGGGAACGGUAGGCUCCUCGAGUGAUUUGUUAGGAAAUCUGACAUUACCAAUGAUUUAACCGCCCCCAGGCUCUCUGUUCUGUGAGAACUCUGUUGGAAAUGCCUUCAGGCUGUACCUGCCCUCAGAUGCUCUGUCCGUCCCCUUUGGGCCCUGUUUGCAGCCCCUUUCCCAAACGUCACGGAGCAGCAUCAAGCCCUGUCACCUGUCACAGUGUUCUGAUAUUUUGGCCUUAAUAUUCGUUACGAUACGGUGUAUAAUUUCAGAAGAAAGAUGUGCUUUGGAGUCUGAUUCCAUAAACACGUGGCCUCUUCUGCCUAUGACAGGCUUUGAUUGUCGUAUCUCGUUCUUGACGCUCGUGCAAUAGGAACAUGUUCCCUUCGGUGCAGUGACUCUUCUGUCUGAUGCUGGACUUUGUUUUCAGGAUGAUGGAAGGUAUUUUUGUUGGACGGACAGCAGUCAUGCUUCCUUGGUUGUUUUGUUUUGUUUCGUUUUUUGGAUUCUUUUUCUAAGGAAACUAGAAUUCCGUGAGGAAAGCUGCCAAUAACUAGUUCUGAAAUGCUAGUUAAAGCCUUGUUCUGAAGCUUUUUUUCUCCAAAAAUCUUACCGUAAAACAGUACUAAAGCCACUGUAAAAUGACAAAUAAACAUGUAUACUUAAGCAA